CUCAGGCUGGGCCCUGAGGCGAGCGGGGGACGACGCGAAGGCGAAAGUCCCGGCGGCGCGUGUCCCCGCCGGCUCGCCGUGGUCGCGCCGCCUCUCGCCUCUCCUCAGGGCGCUGAACGGCCGCAGCCGCUGUUGCCACCUCCUUCCCUCCGGUCGGGAGCCGAGACUGCUUUCCAACAAAGCCCCAACUUUGGAGACCACUGAUCUAGUCCAACCCACUCAUUUUGCAGAUGGGGAAACUGAGGCCCAGAGAUGAUGUGAUUUGUCCAAGAUAAAUGCUUAUGAAUGAACAGAUGAACUAUAAUUAGAUAGUAUUAAAUUGGAAGAUAAAAGGAAGCGAUAAUGCACCAUGGCAAUGGUCCUCAGAGUGUCCAGCUCCAGAGGUCCCGGUCCUUCACAGGCAGUGAGGGGGAAGAGCAGCAAUCACAUUCAAAUCUUCCCCAGUCCCCUGCAGCACCCUUCGCUCCUUCAGCCAGCCCAUCCGCACCACAGUCGCCCAGUUACCAAAUACAGCAGCUUAUGAAUCGAAGUCCAGUAGCUGGUCAGAAUGUCAACAUUACACUUCAGAAUGUCGGACCAGUAGUUGGAGGAAACCAGCAGAUCACCCUCACCCCUUUGCCAAUCCCCAAUCCAACCUCGCCAGGUUUUCAGUUUAAUUCUCAGCAGAGGAGGUUUGAGCAUGGCUCCCCCUCCUACAUCCAAGUUACCUCCCCGUUGCCCCAGCAGGUCCAGUCUCAGAGCCCAACUCAGCCCAGCCCUGGGCCGGUGCAGACAUUACAGAGUGUGCGGGCAGGCACUCCCGGCCCGGGCCUGGGGAUCUGCAGCUCCAGCCCCACUGGAGGCUUCGUGGAUGCGAGCGUCCUUGUGAGACAGAUCAGUUUGAGCCCUUCGAAUGGCGGACACUUUGUGUAUCAGGAGGGCUCGGGCAUCGCCCAGAUUGCUCAGGGAGGACAGGUUCAACUCCAGCAUGCGGGAACCCCUAUUACCGCUCGAGAACGCAGACUUUCCCAGCCUCACAACCAGACGGGUGGCACCAUUCAUCAUCUUGGACCUCAGAGCCCUGUGGCUGGUGGGGCCAGCGUGCAGCCUUUGACCAGUCCCAGUCACAUUGCAACGACUAGCUUGCCACCACAGAUCAGUAGUAUUAUUCAAGGACAACUGAUUCAGCAGCAGCAAGUAAUUCAAGGACAGCCGCUGAAUAGACCUAUGGCAUUUGAGAGGUCUUCGGGGGUCUUAAUAUCUGGAGUUGGAGGCUCUUCAGCUUUUGGGAUGACUUCACCACCUCCUGGACCCACCAGCCCUUCUCGAGCCGCUGUGCCACAGGGUCUUUCCAACCUUCCUCUUGCUCCUGCAGGAAGUAUAGGAGUGAAAAAAGUACCUAAAAAAUUGGAGGAAAUUCCACCAGCAUCUCAAGAAACAGCUCAGAUGAGAAAGCAAUGCCUGGAUCACCAUUACAGAGAGAUGGAGGCUCUAAAAGAAAAUUUUAAGGAGUAUUUGAUUGAAUUAUUUUUCUUGCAGCAUUUUCAAGGGAAUAUGAUGGAUUUCUUAGCUUUUAAGAAGAAACACUAUGCACCCUUGCAAGCAUAUCUUAAGCAAAAUGAUUUGGAUCUUGAGGAAGAGGAGGAGGAGGAAAAAUCUGAGGUUAUCAAUGAUGAGGUAAAGGUUGUGACAGGAAAGGAUGGGCAGACUGGGACUCCUGUUGCUAUUGCAACCCAGCUUCCUCCAAAUGUUUCUGCUGCUUUUGCGUCCCCGCAGCAGCCAUUUCAGCAGCAAAUAAACACAGGGAGCCUAGUGGCAGGGACAGCAAAUACCAUAGAAACGGAGUCCCUUAAGCGACCACAGACAUUCUCGCCAGCAGAGCAGUCUAAGAGACCUCGGCUUGAAGUGGGUCACCAUGGGGUAGUUUUCCAGCAUCCAGGGGUGACGACGGGAGUGCCUCUGCAGCAGCUAAUGCCUACCGUACAAGGUGGAAUGCCUCCCACUCCUCAAGCUGUACAGCUCACUGGACAGAAACAAAGCCAACAGCAGUAUGAUCCAUCCAAAGGUCCUCCCGUGCAGAAUGCUGCAAGUCUACAUACUCCUCCACCUCAGCUUCCUGGGCGGCUGCAGCCUGCCAACGUCCCGGGCGCAUCCCUCUCGUCGACCCUGCAAAUCUCACAGCAGCCCCAGCCCCAGAUGAUGGAGACCCAGCCCCAGCCCCAGCCCCAGCCCCAGCCCCAGCCCCAGCCCCAGCCCCAGCCCCAGCCCCAGCUCCAGCCCCCAAUUCCAAUGAAGACCCAGCCACCCAACGUACCCAUCCCUGCUGCUCCAGCCAGCCAGCCUCCGGCACCCCUUCCACAGCCUCUCACUCCAGCACUCCAUGUCCAGAUGCAAGGAAAGACACAGGUGCAGGUGUCUCCCCUUCCAACACAGCCCCAGACUGUGGCACUGACAAGACCACCUGCAGAUUCUGGCCAGCCUUCUCAGCGUUCUAUACCGACCUCCUCAUCUACCUCAUCCACCACACCAGCAAGUCUCUCAGGCCCCGUGCCCUCCCCCGCACGAUCAUCGCCAGUAAAUAGACCCUCCCCAGCAACUAACAAGUCACUGUCUCCCAUUACAUCUCGGUCCCCUGGUGCCACAGUAUCUGUCACCCCCAAACCUCAGAGCCCAGCUCAAAAUACCACACAGUCCCAGGAUAGUGCCCAAGAGAAACUGGCUGAACAAGUAACUCUGGAAACACAAAUCCAUCAGAGAAUAUCAGAGCUGAGAAAGGAGGGGCUGUGGUCUCUCAGACGACUCCCCAAACUUCAGGAGGCCCCACGACCAAAGUCUCACUGGGACUAUCUCCUCGAAGAGAUGCAAUGGAUGGCGACGGACUUUGCACAAGAGAGGAGGUGGAAAAUGGCCGCAGCCAAGAAGCUUGUCAGAACUGCAGCUCGUUAUCAUGAAGAAAAGAAGCUUCAUGAAGAAAGAGGAAGGAAAGAGGAACAGAACCGAUUAAGACGUAUAGCUGCUUCAACUGCUAGAGAAAUAGAAUAUUUCUGGUCAAAUAUUGAACAGGUUGUAGAAAUAAAACUCCAAGUUGAAUUAGAAGAGAAAAGAAAGAAAGCCUUAAAUUUGCAGAAACCAUCCAAGAGAGGAAAAGAUUCAAGGCCUAAGGGAUUUCAUGCUUUUCCAGAGCAUUUUAUGGACUCUGGAAUAUAUGGAAGAAAAAUAAAAGUUAGUACAUCCUUAACUGAUGAUGAAGUGGAAGAUGAAGAGGAGACAAUUGAAGAGCAAGAGGCAAAUGAAGGAAAUAUAGACCAUCAAACAGAACUCUCUAAUUUAGCCAAAGAAGCUGAAUUGCCCUUAAUUGACCUGGUGAAGUUAUAUGAAGGUGCCUUUAUGCCAAGUUUUCAGUGGCCGCAGCCUAAGCCUGAGAGUGAAGAGACCAGCGAAGAAGAAGAUAUAGAAGAUGCUACAGGUGACAGAGUUUGUCAGAAGGAAAUGGUUCUCAUUGACUCACUUCUCAUCAUCGAUCAGUGUAAAGGUGUGGAGAGACCAAAUAUUAUGAAACCAAACACAAGAGACAUUACUGAAGUAGCUGCUCUGGCAGAGGCUGUACUACCCAAAGGCAGUGCUCGGAUCACGACCUCGAUCAAUUUUAAUACCCCAUCUUUAUUGUAUGGAGCACUAAGAGAAUACCAGAAGAUUGGGCUGGACUGGUUAGCCAAACUGUACAGGAAGAAUCUCAAUGGCAUCUUGGCAGAUGAUGCUGGGCUUGGCAAGACUGUACAAGUUAUUGCCUUUUUUGCCCAUCUGGCUUGUAAUGAAGGCAAUUGGGGCCCUCACCUUGUGGUUGUGAGAAGCUGCAACAUACUAAAAUGGGAGCUUGAAUUGAAACGUUGGUGCCCAGGCCUAAAAAUCCUUUUAUACUUUGGCAAUCAUAGAGAACUUAAAGCAAAGAGACAGGAAUGGACUGAACCCAACAGCUUCAACAUAUGCAUCACCUCUUAUAAACAGUUCUUUAAAGGCCAUCAUGCCUUCAUGAAAGUGAGGUGGAAAUAUUUAGUCAUUGAUGAGAUGCAGCAAGUAAAGAACAUGACUGAGAAGCACUGGGAGGCAGUUUUCAAUCUACGAAGCCAAUUACGCCUACUCCUGAUAGACACUCCUUUACAUAACACCUUGAUGGAAUUGUGGACCAUGGUGCACUUUUUGAUUCCCGGAAUUUCCAGACCAUAUCAGAACUUUCCAGUAAAACCGGCCAACGAGGAGAGCCAAGAUUACUACCAUAAAGUGGUCAUAAGACUACACAGAGUGACUCAGCCAUUUAUUUUGAGAAGAACUAAAAGGGAUGUUGACAAGCAGCUGACGAAGAAAUACGAACAUGUGUUAAAGUGUCGCCUUUCCAGCCGGCAGAAGGCCUUGUAUGAGGAUGUUAUCCUGCAGCCCAGAACUCAAGAGGCUCUUAAAAGUGGGCAUUUCGUCAAUGUCCUGAAUAUUCUAAUGAAACUCCAGAGGAUAUGCAAUCAUCCUGGUCUGAUAGAUCCUAGGCUUCCUGGCUCUUCUUAUGUUUUGGAAACACUGGAGUAUAGAUCUGCUUCUCUGAUAUUAAAGGCAUUGGAAUGUGGUUUUUGGAAGGAAGCAGAUCUUUCUAUAUUUGAUCUAAUUGGAUUAGAAAAUAAAACCACUCAUUAUGAGGCACAAGUGUUGUCAAAGAAAAAGAUAACUCGAAAACUGAUAGAAGAAAUCUUCAGUUCAUCACCACCACCAGCCAGACCUAAUGCAGUGAAACUUAAGCCAAGCAAGUUGUUUCAACCUGUGCAGUAUGGACAGAAGCCCGAGGGUAGGACAGUAGCUUUUCCAAGUACGCAGAGCUCUUCUCGUACAGUGUCUGCAGCAGCUGCGGCUGCUGCUGCAGCAGUAACUUCCCAGGGACAAGUUCGAGGAAGAUCACCCAUUGCCACGUUCUCGGCCAAUCAGGAUGCAAAAGCGGCCGCAGCACAGUUUCAGACAUCUCAGGCUCCUACCAGUGCUCCAAGACACCAGCCAGCAGCGACCUUCACCACAGCAACUAGCACAGCCAAUCCUGUGAAACAGCGGGGUCAGAACUCAGCCCAGGCCUCCCAGCUAGGCCAGACCCAGCCCCAGCCCCAGGCCCCCUCGCACACCAUCCAACAGAGUGUGCUUCCUCAGAGGCUGGUACUGACCUCUCAGGCCCAGGCACGGUUGCCUAGUGGAGAGGUUGUGAAAAUUGCCCAGCUGGCUUCCAUAGCAGGGACACAGAAUCGAGUGGCUCAACCAGAGACCCCUGUGACCCUGCAGUUCCAAGGGAACAAGUUUACCUUGUCACACAGUCAGCUCCGACAGCUCACUGCUGGCCAGCCCCUACAACUGCAAGGAAGCGUUCUUCAGAUUGUUUCUGCUCCAGGACAACAGUAUCUUCGCCCUCAAGGCCCAGUCGUUAUGCAGACAGUGUCUCAGGCUGGUGCUGUCCAGAAUGCUUUGAAUGCGCUGGGAAACAAGAACCAAGGAAAUGUUCCAAGUUCCACACCAGGAACUCCACCAGUAGGUGUUCCAGGGAGGGCAGCAGUUAAUUCCUUGACAUCAGGAGAAGCUGGAGUAGUAUCAAAAAUGGUUAAUCCUGUAGGAGGCCCAACGCAGGAGGAAAAGAAUAGACUUUUGAAAGAACGGCUGGACCGAAUUUAUCUGGGCAAUGAGCGGCGUUGUUCCAGAACUCCUAUCUAUGGCAGUGAUUUGUUAGGAAUUUGCUCUCUGAUUAGUCGGAAGAAGACACCUCUGCGUGGGUCUGCGGACAGGAAUAAAUGGAGUUGGGCUGGCAUGGUGAACUGUUGUGCUUCAUCCUCAAGAAAUGCUACUGAUGUACUUCAGUGUUUGAUGUUGACAUUAGAACAACGAAGAGAUUCCCUCCACGAUGUUAUUAAUAGGGUGGCCUGUGUGCUUCCAGCUGUAGUGGCCGCUCCUCCUUGCUUGUAUGUGGCCAAACCACCACCCUCCUACAGCCACAAAAUGAAGAUUUUCAGGCACUGUCUGAAGGAGCAGACUGCUCCCUAUUUACAGCAAUUGCAUGAAAUAACGAACCUCAAGGUAUUGCAGUUUCCUGAGCUCAGACUGGUGCAGUAUGAUUCAGGAAAGCUGGAAGCUUUAGCUAUCUUGCUUCAGAAGCUGAAAUCUGAGGGACGUCGGGUACUGAUCUUAUCACAGAUGAUUCUGAUGUUAGAUAUUUUGGAAAUGUUCUUGGACUUCCAUUAUCUUACCUAUGUAAGAGUUGAUGAAAAUGCUAACAGUGAACAACGUCAGGAACUGAUGAAGAGUUUCAACAAAGACAAGCGGAUAUUUUGUGCCAUUCUUUCCACCCACAGUCGCUCUACAGGUAUAAAUCUUGUAGAAGCUGACACAGUUGUGUUUUAUGAUAAUGACUUAAAUCCAGUGAUGGAUGCAAAGGCUCAAGAAUGGUGUGAUAGAAUUGGGAGAAGCAAGGACAUCCAUAUAUACAGGCUUGUGAGUGGUAAUUCUAUAGAAGAGAAAUUGCUGAAAAAUGGAACUAAAGAUUUGAUAAGAGAGGUUGCUGCUCAAGGAAAUGACUACUCCAUGGCGUUUUUAACUCAGCAAACUAUCCAGGAGCUAUUUGAUGUUCACUCUCCUGUGGAAGACUCUGGUUUCAGAGUUAAAGCUGAAGAAUUUGUUGUUCUUCCUCAGGAGCCCUCUGCCUCAGAAGCAAUUGCACCUAAAAUCGCAAGGCCUUUUAUAGAGGCUCUUAAAAGUAUCGAAUAUUUGGAGGAUGACAUGCCAAAAUAUGAAGAAACACCAGUGUCUGAAACAAGUGCUGAUAUUCUGUCAUCAGAAUUAGAUGAUCCAAGAGUUAAUGAAGAACCUUCGCAGUUAGAAGAAUUAGCUGACUUUAUGGAGCAGCUCACACCAAUUGAGAAGUAUGCUUUGAAUUAUCUUGAAUUAUUCCAUGCUUCUAUUGAUCAGGAAAAACCAAGAGACAUUGAGGAGGUAGCAAUAGCUUCAAAGGAGUGGGAAUCCAAGAAUAUGAAACGACUUAAAGAGAGAGAUGCCACAGCACUGUUAGAAGAGGAGGAGGAAGAAUUACUGACAUACACCAGAGAAGAUGCCUACAACAUGGAAUAUGUUUAUGAAGACACUGAUGGGCAGACAGAAAUUAUGCCACUUUGGACUCCUCCUACUCCUCCUCAAGAUGACAAUGACAUCUAUAUUGACUCAGUCAUGUGUCUGAUGUAUGAGAACACACCCAUCCCUGAAUCUAAGCUGCCUCCAGUGUAUGUGCGGAAGGAGCGUAAGCGACACAAGACAGAUCCUUCUGCUGUCGGUCGGAAGAAGAAGCAGCGGCAUGGGGAGGCUGUCAUUCCUCCUCGAUCUCUCUUUGACCGGGCAACUCCAGGGAUGUUAAAGAUGCGGCGAGAGGGCAAAGAGCAGAAGAAGAACAUUCUUUUGAAGCAGCAGACUCAGUUUGCCAAACCGUUGCCAACUUUUGUCAAACCAGCAGCAGAGACUGGGCAGGACAACCCAGAGUGGCUCAUUAGUGAAGACUGGGCAUUGCUGCAGGCUGUAAAGCAGCUGCUUGAGCUUCCUUUAAAUCUCACCGUUGUGUCACCAGCACACACCCCUAAUUGGGAUCUUGUUAGCGAUGUUGUUAAUUCCUGUAGCCGAGUUUAUCGAUCUUCUAAGCAGUGCCGAAACCGCUAUGAAAAUGUCAUCAUUCCAAGAGAAGAGGGAAAGAGCAAAAACAACCGUCCUCUUCGAACGAGCCAGAUCUAUGCCCAAGAUGAGAAUGCUACCCACACUCAGCUGUACACAAAUCACUUUGAUUUAAUGAAAAUGACUGCCGGGAAGAGAAGUCCCCCAAUCAAGCCUCUACUUGGCAUGAAUCCUUUCCAGAAGAACCCAAAGCAUGCAUCAGUGCUAGCAGAGAGUGGAAUCAACUAUGACAAACCCCUGCCUCCAAUUCAGGUUGCAUCUUUGCGUGCUGAGCGAAUUGCAAAAGAGAAAAAGGCUUUGGCUGAGCAACAGAGGGCCCAGCAGCAGACGGGCACCCAGCCCCCCCAACAGCAGCAGCAGCAGCAGCCACAGCCUGGGCAGCAGGGAACAGCUGGGCAGCAGGCAAGCCAGACCCAGCCUCAGGCACAGCCCCCUGGGGUCCAGCAGCAGCAGCAGCAGCAGCAGCAACAGCAGCAGCAGCAGCAGCAGCAGCAGCAACAGCAGCAGCAGCAGCAGCAGCAGCAGCAGCAGCAGCAGCAACAGCAGCAGCAGCAGCAGCAGCAGCAGCAGCAGCAGCAGCAAACAAAGGUGCAGACUACAAUUACCACUGUGGCCAGCACGGCAGUAUUGGCUGGAGCAAUUAAAACAUCAGCCACUGGGACCAGCAUGCCAACUGGUACGGUUAGCGGAAAUGUUAUAGUGAACACAAUAGCUGGAGUUCCCGCUGCCACCUUUCAGUCCAUUAACAAGCGUAUUGCUUCACCAGUUGUGCCUGGAAACUUAACAACUACAGGCAGUGCUUCUCCUGCUCAGGUGGUUCAUGCACAGCCUCGGACAGUUGCCACACCUGCUGCAUCCACUGAGCUAGUCUCUCUAGCAUCCACACAGGGUGUGCGUGCUGUCACUUCUGUGACAGCUUCUGCUGUGGUUACCACCAACCUGACCCCCGUGCAGGCUCAGACCAGGUCUUUAGUGACUCAGGUGACUCAAGCCACAGGGGUUCAGCUUCCUGGCAAAGCGAUCACCCCAGCCCAUUUCCAGCUUCUCAGACAGCAGCAGCAGCAACAACAGCAGCAGCAGCAGCAGCAGCAGCAGCAGCAGCAGCAGGCAGCCCAGGUGCAAGUCCCACAGAUCCAGGGCCAGGCCCAGUCCCCUGCCCAGAUGAAAACUGUGGGAAAGCUAACACCGGAACACCUGAUCAAAAUGCAGAAACAGAAACUCCAGCUGCCUCCACAGUCAGGACCUCAGCAGCAGGCCCAGCCAGGGGCCCAGCCACAGGCAACCCAAGUCCAGGUACAGCAGCAGCAACAGCAGGCACCACAGCUGGCAGCAGUUGCAGCUCCAAGGCCUGGAGCUCUUCUCACAGGCACAACGGUAGCCAACCUCCAAGUUGCUCGUCUUACUCGUGUUCCUACUUCCCAGUUACAAGCUCAAGGACAGAUCCAAGCCCAGACAACUCAGACUGCUCAAGUGGCUUUGGCAAAACCACCAGUUGUAUCUGUCCCAGCAGCUGUAGUAUCAUCAGCAGGAGUCACAACACUUCCUAUGAAUGUUGCUGGGAUUAGUGUUGCUAUUGGACAGCCACAGAAAACAGCAGGGCAAACCGUGGUCGCACAACCCGUACACGUCCAGCAGCUUCUGAAGCUCAAGCAGCAAGCUGUUCAGCAGCAGAAAGCCAUCCAGCCCCAGGUGGCUCAAGGUCAAACUCCUGUGCCACAAAAGAUAACUGCACAACAGAUAACAGCCCAAGGCCAACAACAGAAAGUAACCUAUGCUACUCAGCCAGCAAUUAAAACUCAGUUUCUUACUACACCCAUUUCCCAGGCUCAGAAAUUAGCAGGGACCCAGCAAGUGCAGACCCAGAUACAAGUUGCAAAGCUUCCCCAAGUGGUCCAACAGCAAACAGCUGUGGCCAGUAUUCAGCAGGUGGCCUCUGCUUCUCAGCAGGCGUCACCACAGACCGUGACACUCUCUCAAGCAACAACUGCAGGUCAGCAGGUCCAAAUGAUCCCUGCAGUGACUGCAACAGCUCAGGUGGUUCAGCAGAAACUCCUCCAACAGCAGGUGGUGACAACAGCCUCCACGCAGCUUCAGGCCCCAGGUGUACCCAACCCCGCCCAGGGGCCAGCCAGCUCUGAUGGCCAGAGUCAGCAGGCUAAGUUACAAAUGAGAAUGUCGACUGUCAGGUUAAAGACAGCUAACAAGCCUAGUUGAGCCGAGCAUGGGAAAAGCGGGGAUAUUUGUUUGGUCAAGCUCCAGCUGCAAAGUAGGCACACCCUUUCUAUCUCCUGGUCUUAAGGCAGAAAACCACUGUCUUUGUAGAGGACAUUUUAUUUAUUUCUGAACCUUGGAAACAUUCUCACACCAAAACACCCGACCUUUGGAAAAUUCUUGUCAAAACAAAGGAGUGUGAUUAUUUUAUUAAAGUGUAUCCUUCUCUUACAGAAAAGUGAUCCUUCCUGAAAGCCUCUCUGUACUGUAUAACUAAUGGAAACAGUGACCAUGGUGAUCAGUACUCUGCUCCUUCAUUCAUGGCAGUGUUUUCUCCAGAGCACUAGUACCGGGUUUUGAUAGUCACUUAGUAGAACUUCUUUGUAGUAAUACAACAUUUUGCACAUGACAUUUGUGCUAAUUGGUUUGUGCAGUGAGUCAUAAAAUGGAAAGUCUUUUUAAAACCUAAAAAAAAAAUUCUAGAUAAGACUUUAAUUUAAUUCUUUCACCUUAUCCAGAAAAGACAAACCAUGGUCCUUUUAGUGGAGGGAACAGCUAGAGUCAGUCACCUGUAAUUGAGUUUUCAUUCCAAAGAGUAGCCAUUGUGUUCUGUGCUUUCUAAAAGUGAUUCGUUUUCUUACUUUUAAAGGAAAUGUUUGGUAAUGCUAUUCAUCUAAGCACAUUCUAGGUGCAUUCCCUGUAUUUUGUCUAUUGGCUUACUUAACAUGCAUUGGGCUGCUUCCGAUUGGUUCAGGAAAAUGUUGGGACUCUGAUGUCUUGGACUAGUUAGAGCCAAAGUGCCAGAGAAGUGUCAUGGGCACCACCUGUUUUAUUGCUGUAUAAUCUAUGGUGACCUCAGUCUCAGUGUAUGGAGAGUGAAAGUUAGAUGGAGAAAUGAGAAUAGGAAUGGCAUGAACAGUCUGAUGUCCAAGCUUUGGGGGAGCUGAGAAGCAUUACAUAUACAUAUAUAUUCAUAGAUGUAGAUGGAACAUCUGAGGGUCCAGAAAUAGACCAAGUGAUAUAUGUAUUGUAAAUGUGUACACAUUUUUAAUAUACUGAAAAAAAAAAGACGCUAGUCUUAGCAAGCAGGAUGUUCUGGGCAGUCACUGCAUUUUCAUUUUCUAGGGUCUCUACUUGAGCAAAUCUUGGUUCAGCCUAGUAAAGGUGAGAACCUUAACCAGCUACUAUUUGUGGAGCUGUAUGAUAUUGAAGGAGAAAAAGGGAAGAUUCCUAUUGCAGGGUUUUUCUGUUGAUGUUGUUUGUUUUAAGUAAGGGAAGGCAGUAGAUGGAAUGUUAAGUGGCUAUGCUGGUUGAUGAUGGCAUCUUACAUACAUAUCUCUUGCCAUAUUUCUAGUAUGCAAAAGGAAAAAGCCUAAAUAGUACCUUUUCUCCAUGGGUGUAUUUUGCUCAUCUGUGUCCAGGGAAGUGUAAGGGUAUACUGGUUUUUUUUUU